GAAACUUGGCUGCCACCAAGGCAGAAACAAAAUGCAGGGAGUGUAUCUGCCAUUGCAUUAACAGGUACCAAAAGGGAGAAGGUAAGGCUUUUGUUUUGGAGUUUCACCUUGACAAACAAACAAGUGGAACACCGCCUGAAAGGUAAAGCAACUCCAAUAGUGACGCUACCUUCCCCUAGAGCAAAGAGUUGUAAAGCCACCAAUCAUUUUCAUAUGACCAGAAGAAAGCUUUAUGCUUUCAAUUGUGCUUCUUGGUGUGUGGUGGCAACUGAAGAGACAAGGCCAUUUCCUUGUGUCAUGUUGCAACGAGACCCAGCAAGAUCAGUGAUGCUGUGUCAGAUGUUUGCAGGAAGGGCUCCUGUGCACAAGUUCAGGUAACCCCUUUGGAUAACAGAACUGGCAUCAGGAUGUUUUGUAGGGGAAGAUAUCCCCCAGCAUAAAAUCUAGUCAUAUUCAUGUGGAAGUUACAAUUUACUACUUGGUAACUUCACAGUGUCCACAGGCCUAACACAAAGCAGGCAGAGUACAGGUGUUGCUUUAACACCCAAACUACAUAAGACAUAAAGUGAUUAUAGACACUUGAUAGCCCCUGUUGCAUAGAUCUCCAUGCCAGACAAAGAAACCACAGAAAAUCUGACUUGUGCUUAUAUUCACCCACCUCCUCUCAGAGUUGAUAAACACAGUUAAUGGAAAAAUGUCCUCUGGUUCACAAAAGGGCAGUAAUGGAAAACAGCCAUAAAACUCACCUAGUGGUUUUCCAGGCUAGGCAGCUUUUCUUUUUCCUCUGAAAUGCUGUCUUUUUUUCCAGCAUGUAGUAUCAAUGGCCAAGUUGUUAACAGUGAAGUGCUAAGCACGUUCAUUUGCAUACCUGGAUAACGCAGAAUGCUCCAACAGUUGAGUUUUGUUUUAUUUAUUUUACAGCAGUGCAGAGUUUCAUGCAGAUCUGAGACUCCGAGAUGCAGAGCAGAUUUUGAAAAAUGUUGAGUGCAGCCUAUUUUUGAGGGGAGGGGAAGAGGGGGGGAACAACAACCCCAAAACCUCACUGGCUUUACCAUUAGUUGGAGUCAAAACUGUAUUGCUCUUUACAAGUCAGCUGAAGGUGGUUGGUAGGUACGGCUACAACUGCUCCAGCAGAUCAAGGUUUGUGAAAAACAAAAUGCAUUUUGCAGAACUGGACUGAAAGGAACAAGCUGAAGUUUAUGUGCUUAGGUGUUUGUUUCUUACUGGGGCCUGUUGCAAUGCAGAACUCUGUUACGUACACUUUUCCAUUUUCAACUCUUAGGUGUUUCAGAGUGUGAGUAUACAGUAUGAAAACUGAGACUGUUUUUAUAUUAAUGCUUGAGAAACAUAAUUUUCAAAAUACUUGAGAGAAACUAUGGGUAUGAUUAGAAAUAAAUCAUCAGCUGAGCAGUAAUUUGAGAGGCCAACAAAGUAACGGGUCCUCCUUUUCUCUGUCUUGUUCACAAAAAGCCCUUGUGGGUGCCAAUUGGAAGUUUCUGAAGCUAAUGAAAAAUGUUGAUUCUGCCAUUGUUAGUAGGACUCCGCUAUUUGGGGUUGAAAGGUCCCUGCAUAGAGGUCAGUAACGCACGCAUAGCAAAUUCUGCACCUCACUCUUAAGAGUUGUUAGGUAUUUUUUGUAUGUGCCAUGCAGAAGCUGCUGCUAGAUACAACACCACCCUGGUAAAUUCAUAAUGGGAGCAGUGGAAAUUGCCUGCCUGAAUGAUUGUAUUUAAAGUGGCUGUGAUGUUGUUUACAAUAAGCAGAUACAGUUAUUGCAUAAGACCCACAGGUCUGCAAGGGAAGUUUUUCUGGGACCAAAGUGCUAUGUGACGUUAGCAUGCCUUUUGGAUAUAAAUUCUCUGUAUUCAGUGUAAUUUGUUUUAGAGACAGUGUUAUAUGAGACAUAAACUGCAUAAGUCCAUUUAAAUUUGCAUGGAGGGCUCAUUCUGGGCAAGUGCUUUAAAAUUAUCUGGCAGUGACUGGGUAAAAAUGCUUCUAAAGGGAUUUUUAUUUUCUUUCCCUUUUCGAUAGGUUUGUUUGGGGUUUUGUGAACUUUUAUGGUGUGCAUUUGGUUACAUUUCACUUUGGUUUAUUAUCAACAACUUCUGUCCCCAACAGUUUUGUCUCCACCUGUGUUGAAAACACAGAUCCCUGCUGUUGAACCUGGCCUGCUACCACAGAGGUAGCGUUGUUUACUCAGAAUUGUUGCAGUGCAGGCAUGAGCCACUCAUUGUUUGUGGUCUGUCAUAAGGAGAGCCCAGGCAUGUGGGAUGCCAUCAGUGAUAUUGGUUUGGUGUCAGAAGUAUUAUUUGUUGGAGGAUUUAAGUGUGCAGGGAAAGACAAGCAAGGAAGUUCUCUGGAGGAAAAAUAUUGCCGUGAUGGGGAUGGACAGUGGUUGCUUGGUUUGGCUUUGAGUUGUUUCCUUUAAACAAAGUGCCACUAGUCUUUAUAAAUCAUGGUGGAGGUUACAGUGUAGAGAUAAAAAGUGCUGUGUUGCAUUCAUGCACAUCUUUGAGUAGUGGUAGCAGAAAAGCAGAGAGGCUACCUUCUUCCCAGUUAUUUAAGUACAUCCAGACUUACCUUUUAGCUUGUGGCUCAUCUUUGAGCCAAAACUUCCUGGCAGUUUGGACCAUCCUCACACUUGCUUGCAGUCUGGCUCAAUAUUGGAACAAGCCCUUUUUCCCAGGAGAGGAAAUGUUGGAGAGCUGGGAGAUGCACCUUUCUCAGUAAGCAUAAUCUAACCAAGGAGUGUGUGAACUCUGCAGGCCACCUUGGACACACCUGGCUGUGCCACGUGGCACACUGAGCUUGAGGAGGUGUGUGGGCUUGGCUAGCGAAGAAAAUGGAGAUGUAGCCUUGCAAACCUCCACUGACCCCAGUAGGAACUAAGUAUCAAAACACCUCUGUGACUAAGCCAUGUGGGCUUCUCCAGGCCACGCUGCACUUUCCUAACCUCUGCUAUUCAUAUAAAUUGUAAAAAGAGUGGGACCCUUGAGAAUUUAUUGAUGGGUGAGAAACAGCAAGGUGUUUCAAGGCAAACAAAACAGACUUUAAGACCAGACUGUUCUGGCCAAGCUGUGUGGGAAUCUGCUGCUAACAGAUUUUAAAAAGAAACCAACUUCUGGGUGCAGAACACAGAACAUUGUCCUACUGCAGUAUCACACUAGUAAUUCUUCUAGCCUGGCAUCUUGUCAGUGGUUGGAAUCCGUUGUUUCAAAGCCAGUUUCUUCCCAAGUCCAGGCUGCUUUCUACCUUGCAGUGGAAGGACAUUGUAUUCAGUUACAGGAUCAUGAUCCAAAUUUCCGCUCUUUAAGGAUCUGAUGCUCUCCAAACAACAGGCUGAGUGGCACACCCCAGAACAUCUAAUAACUUUCUGGAACAUGUCCUCCUUUUAUUACAAGUUCUCUCAGCAGUCCUUCACGUAUGGUCCAAGUUUCCAAAAAACUAGGGCAGUAAUUUAUUGCAGUGUAAGUGAAAAUGCUUCACACAAACGGUAAGAAAUCCAGGUGACAGCUUUAAAUGUUUGUUUUGUACUUAUCUUCUUCAAAUAUGGGAAAUGCUGUUCUGAUGUGAUUUUAAGUCCACAGGUUUGGGGAGAGUCCAUCACUUUGGUCACUCUGAGUGUGAGUGACCUAGCACUGUAUUUAAUUUAAAAACUGGUUUCCAGAAUGUCUUGCUGGUUUUAAUUUUAGAAGUCUUUGAAGUUUUACUUCUUUUUAUUUGUUUUUAUUUUAAUAAUGCUGAGAGCUAAUGAACAGGACAAAUGCAGAGGAAUAGAUACCUGAAACAGUAAUACUCAUCCUGCAGAUGUUUAAGGUGCCUUAUAUUAGGCUGUAGCUGACAGCUAUGAGCGCAGAGGCAAUCUGAAAAUCAACCAACUGAGGGAUUUUAGGAGUUGAAGGCACCUCCCUCUGCCUCUCUCAGGUGAAAAAAUCUGGCCUUUGUAGAUCCAGAUUUCAUUCAGACAUACAGUCCUCCUUCUCUGAAGAGUGAAAAAGUUGAGCUAACGUGAGGAUGGGAUGUAAGUGCUGGAAAUAGCAGCUCUAUGCCAAGUGAUACAGUUCCUCAUUUGGUCUGCCAUGUGUUGGUCUAACUGCCCUAGCCCUUGUCUGGAUCCGGUUGACUCUUGGCAGAGGUUGAAUGGUUCCUGAGAACAAAUCACUUCAUUGUUCAUGUCUGCUCAUGCGCUGCCUUUUGGAAGCGUGGUUCAUGUUGGUAGCAAGAAGCAGGAUCAUUAGCCCCAAAUGGAUUCUUUGUCAAACAGCAUGUGUUGCUGAAUUUUUUACCCUUUUCUAUAACUGCUUUCCCCUUGGAUCAAAUUUGCAGUAUCCUAAUGGACUGGCUCCUAUUAAGCAGAUGACUUGGGUUGGGUUUUUAAUUUUGUUCACUCGGCAGAUUGUGGCCUACCAUGAUUUUCCACAAAACGGGCUCCUUUCUUUUUCCUCCUCUUCCAAGUGACCAGCAGGGAACUGAAAUGAGGCAGCUCUGGGACUCAAGGAUAACAGUUCGGUUUCGAUUAAGCCCCUUCCAUCCAUAAGCCCUGCGGAAACUGGGCUGUUCAGAACAGCCAAAAUUUCCAUCCUGACUAACUGCACCAAAAGCUCCAUGCUAGGGAGCUCCUAGUCAUGAUCCACCACCUCAGGGAGUGGUCAACAGACAGAGAACAACAGCAGUUCUCAAGGGUCACAUCACUUCAGCCAUGCCAUGGCAAUACUGGCUACGGCAGCUGUCGCUGUCCUGUUUCUGUCCAGAUCCAGGGAUUGGGCCUGUCCAGAGCAGCUGUGCCAGUGUAGCCACACUGCAGCUGGGGCCAAGUGAUGGAUUAGGAGCCAGCACAACUGCUCCCAUAGCUCAUAGUCAACCUCAGUGCUUCUGUGACAUGAGGACGUGGCCCAUAACUAAGGCCUUUAGCCACUACCAAAAUACAGAGUAACGUCAGUGUGCCUUGGGCAGGGGCAAGGAGAGAGCGUUGUAAGACUGUUUCUCUCUAACCCUGUUAUCCUCGUGACUCUGAAGAUGCAGAUGGUAAGGAUGCAAGUUUUCACAAAGCUGUCCUGAGUGUUGCAGGAAGUGGGUCUAAGUGAUUGGGAACUUCCAUGAAUCUUGUUGGGGCUUCUGAGGUUCUCUGAAACUGCCUUUACAGCAACUAAAGCAGAAGCCAGUGUCAGCAAUUUUAUGUUACUUCCCAAGUCACCCAGAAAUGGCAGCAAUGGGAAUAGAUUUAAUCUCGAGUGCCAGCAGGGUGUCUUGGCUCCUGGAUUAUGGCAGAGACCAAGGCUUUUUAAUCAAAACCAAUCCGGGUGAUCUUACGCAUUUCUGGUAACAAUAACACAUUUGUGUCUGUGGAAUACAAUCUGAAAAAAGAUAUAUCCUGUAAGUCUCAUUAUUUUCAUUGCUUGUUCCAGGUGAGAUAGAAAUAUGUCCUUAUUUAAACCCAGUCCAGCUUCCCCCAAACAGCUGUGAGGAGGCAGCUGGUUUUCUCUCUCCUUGCUGGCAGCAGGGGAUGGUUUGAGUCUUCAUGGAAAGCUGAUUGUUUUGUUCAGGUGCCUGAAAUGAAUUUCAGAAGGAACCUCAGCACAUGCAUAAAAAUCUGGCUAUUUAUCCUGCAGCAGUGGCCUCUCUGAAGAGUGUCCAUGUAGUUUCCUGUCUCUGCUUCCUUCCCUUGCUCUAACUUUUUGUUCCGUUUGGAGGGGGGUUGCUUUAUUUUUUCCUGCAGUGGGAAUUAUCCAUAGGUCUGGAUUGUGUUCACGCAUUACAGAGGGAAAGGAGGCUUUGAAAGGUGCUCAUCCCAGGCUGGAGCUCUCAAAAAAUUGGCUGGAUGUUUGGUGCUUGCUGACUGUAGCCCCUUUCCUUUCACCUGUACCACAGCCUCUUCCUGCUGCACAGACGUGAUCCCAAAGAGACCCCAAAGGAGAGCUUUUCUGUCUCUGGUAUUAUGCAGGAAUCUCCUUCCUUUUGUGCUGGGGCUGAUUAAAAUCUCUUACUAGCUUUAUCUUCUGACUUCUGGCACCAGUACUUUAUGUAAAACCAUUUCCUGAUGAGAGUGGUUUAGGGCAAGUCAGCCACUGAAGUGUUAUGUUGCCAACAGUGAGACCUCUGUGCUUCAUUAGAUGCCUCUCAAGCCAUUCCUGGGCAAUGGGAAUGGGACAGUGGGUUGCUAGAUGAGCUAGCAGCACGUUUGCCUCUUUCUCACACCACCAGCUGUUGUGCUGGGAAAAGCAGCACGUUGCAGACUGCCUUAUCUUCUGUGAAGCCGAGGGCUCCUGCUGCUUGACGUGGUUACUGGUGUUGCCCACGUGUUUCUUUGAAUGACCUUCCUCUGGGCUGCGAAUGUGGUUUGUACUGGGAAUACCCUGUCCCUGCUAGAAAAUCAGUCCUGGGGAAAUAUGUCCUUGCUUAGGCAUGUUGGAGAUGAUGGAGGCGGUGUUAUUGCCAUGACCUCUGGGGCAUGUUGUGGGUUAACCCUUGUGAGCAGCUCAGCACUGCACAGCCACUGGCUUGCUUCACAACAGUGGAUGGGGAGAGAAGUGGGAGGAUAAAGGUGAGAAAACUCAUGGACUGAGAUAAAGACAGUUUAAUAGGUAAAGGAAAAUCUGUGUGUGCCGGCAAAGCAAAAUAAGGAAUUCAUUCACUGCUUCCCACGGACAGGCAGGUGUUCAGCCAUUUCCAGGAAAGCAGGAACGUUUACUACAUCAUGCAUAAUCGUUACUUGGGAAGACAGACACCAUAACUCCUUCUUUCUCCCAGUUUUUAUUGCUGAGCACAACAUCACAUGGUCUGGGAUAUCCCUUUGGUCAGUUGGGGUCAGCUGCCCCAGCUGUGUCCCCUCCCAGGUCCUUGUGCCCCCCCCAGCCUACUUGCUGGCAGGGCAGCGUGAGAAGCAGAGGCGGCCUUCACGCUGUGUAAGCAAUAGCUAAAAUAUCCCUGCCUUAUCGCUGCUGUUUUGGUCCCAAAUCCAAAACAUAGCACCAUACCAGCUACUAAAGAAAAAAUUAACUCUGUCCCAGCCAAAACCAGGGCAGGGUGCAAAUGUGUGUGCUUGCAUGGAAGUGGCGAGGCCACAGCAUGCUACAGGUAGAAGCACAGUAAGACUCAGGGGAGGCUCUUCUGAGCCUGGCUGUGCACCAGAGGAACUGGAUGGAUGGCAGCAGGGCUCAUGCAGGGCUGCACACAGUUACUGGACACAGACCAGUUACAGAGAGAGUAGGAACCAGGGUUUCCUUAACACUUGUGGUAGGAUCUGAGAGGAUGUGGCAUAUAGCCCUGGAAGGAGUGAGGGCUGUUGGUCACCUGCUCCAUCUCUGUGGAGUUCUCAGCAGGCACCUUUAAACCCCCAGGUUGAUCAGAAGGAGAGAAUAACCCAAACACCCUGCAGUACUAGGUACCAGGGAUGGGAGGGUCUUUGUGCUUCCAGCUAUGAGGGACUCUGCAGAAGGCUUGUCCCCCAACAUCUCCGCUCUGACCAUCAGUCCCUUGUGCACUGGGGCUGGAUCAAAGAGAGCAAAACUGCACUGGGAGGUGACGCUCCCUUUUCACCACUUCAGCAAAGGUUCCUGCUACUGCAGCAACUCUUCCAAGUCAGGCUGCCACUGCCUGCCUGAUUGUGCCUGAGCUCCUGUUGCAGGCUCCUUUUUGGCCCGAAGGAGCAGGGUAUCAGUUCUUUAAUCAUGAAGAGCUUUUCUUCUGUGUCUUGUCAUGAAUUGAUGCGAUAGAGCAGCAACUGCCCCAAGCACACUGCUGCUGUGCCCGGCUUUCUGUGCAGACUUGUGCUCUGCAACAAAAGGAAGGGGAAAGCAAAGAAGCUAAAAGUUCUGGUUUGCUAGUGUAACACCAGAUCGGCAAUAACGCUGGUUUAUUACCCAGUGCCAUUUUUAUGCAUGGAUUCUCUUACAGCAGCUCAAAUCCGGAGUUUGACCUGCAUACCUUGAAGUGUACAUGCACAAAUUAGUUUCUGUUAGGCUCUUAACCAUGGAAAACGUCAUACGAUAGUCUCGGUGCAGUAAGAAUUGAAUCAAUAUGAAAUUGAGAUUGUUCCUGACUAGGUAAGAAUCAGGAAUGGAAACUAUCACCACACCACUUUUCAAUCUCACAAAAAAAGUUGAGAAAUACCUUUGUGGCUGCCGUGGGGAGUGUGUGUGAGGGGGUGGUUGUCUCAAAUGCAAAUGUAGUAGCUUAAAAGUGUCUCCUUAUUUUAACUCCUUCCAGCAUGAGAGAGCUCUGCACCUGCCUCAGGGUAGUAGGAAGGUUGCAAGAGAGAGCAGGGGAGAUGCCAGGCUGCCUGUGAGCCUUGCUGGAGUGUGGGCAGCUGGGGCUGGACAGGGUUCUGGGUAGGAGUGCUGCAAAAAUGCAGAGACUAAAUUUUAGGGGUAGUCCUGCUUUAAUCCUUAUUAUUUAAUCUGAGCUUCCCAUUUGUUGUUGGUAGUUGUGUGACUCCUGUGAUCCCUUAGUGUUGUCGCACGUGUUCUUGCAGGAGAGUAAGAUGGUUUGUACAGGGUGAAGGUGCGAGGGUUGCUCUGUGCGUAGGGAGGGUGCAGCUGGGGCAACCAGAACUGCUGUGCUGGGACACCUGCGGUGUUGUGGUUAGGGAGCUGCAGCCUGGAAACCUAAAUUGUUAAUGUUCUGGUUUUGCCUGGGGUGGAAUUAAUUUUCUUCACAGUAGCUAGUAUGGGACUAUGUUUAUGCUGAAAACAGUGUUGAUAACACAGGGAUGUUUUAGUUCCUUCUGAGCAGCGCUGACACAGAGUCAAGGCCUCUUCUGCACCCCCACCCCACCAGUGAGUGGGCUGGGGGUGCACAAGGAGUUGGGAGGGGGCACAGCCAGGACAGCUGACCCCAGCUGACCAAAGGGAUAUUCCAUACCAUAUGGUGUCAUGCUCAGUAUAUAUAAAGCUGUGGGAAGAAAAAGGAAGGGGGGAUGUUUGGAGUGAUGGUGUUUGUCUUCCCAAGUAACUGUUAUGCAUGAUGCAGCCCAGCUUUCCUGGAGAUGAUUGAACACCUGCCUGCCGAUGGGAAGCAGUGAAUGUAUUCCUUGUUUUGCUUGCACAUGCGGCUUUUGCUUUGUUUAUUAAACUGUCUUUAUCUCAACCCAUGAGUUUUCUCGCUUUUACUCUUCCAAUUCUCUCCCCCAUUGCAUUGGGGGGGAGUGAGCAAGUGGCUGUGUAGGGCUUAGUUGCCAGCUGGGGUUAAACCAUGACAGUCCCUUUUAGCACCCAACAUGGGGCUUGAAGGGUUCAAGAUAACAGCAGGUUUGAUUGGAAUGUGCUAGGUUGAAUUUGUUGCUGUUAUUGCUGUUUACCUACUUAUCAGCAGGCACCUAUGCUUGCCAUGGGGCUUUCCUGCACCACUGUAGAUUAGAGUGCGGUGCUCACUGGUGGCUGAUUUUUGCUUAUGCUGCUCACUGUACUGCUGAUCAUCUUACUCACCUGUGCCUGGGAACAUUCUGAUAACAGCAAUGACAAUGCGCCUGGGCUGGCAGAUGGUCAGGACAACGCUGAUGUUUCUGUGCUGCUGUACUGGGCAGGCUGGAACUCCAGUGUGAACUCGAGUCAACGGCACUGUGACCUGCAGAUGAGUCCAUGCGGGAGCAGGACACCCUGAAGCAUCCGUGGCCAUGAAUAAGCCUGUGCCAGAGCAGGUACAUCUCAAAGCAUCUGUGGCUGUGGUUAUAUCUGUGCCGCAUCAGGUGUACCUCUGAAGGGAUUGUGGGCCAAGGAUAAGUCCAUGCUGGAGAAGGUACACCUCGAAGCAUCAGUGGCUGUGCAUGAGGGCAUGCUGGAGCACCUCAAAGCGUGUGGCCCUGGAUAAGCCCAUUACAGAGCAGGGUACACCCCUCGAGGGAUUGCAGCCAUGGGUAAGGCCAUGUUGGAGCAGGCUUUUUUCUAAAGGGCCUGUGGCUGUGGGUAAGGCCACGCUGGAGCAAGUAUACCUCUGAAGGUAUUGUGGCUCCUGGAUAAGGCUGUGCUGGAACAGAUGCACCUCGAAGCGACUGUGGCUGUGGACACAUCUACACUGCAGCAGAAGCAUCAUGUGCUCAUGUGAAACACCAGUGGAUGUGCCAGAGGAGAGAAAAGGCCCCUUGGGGUUCAGCUUGCCCUCAUCCUCAAGCCCACGGCUGCUGGGGACAGCAGGAGGCUGGGACCAACGCAGAGAAGGAAGAAGACCAUCUACAAAACGAUUUGCCUCUCCUUCUUGCUGGCAAUCACAGUGAUGGUGCUGCAACGGGGAAUGGCCCCCAGCCAGUUCAUGCAGGGCCAGCAGCAGAAAGAGCUGCCCCCUCUAGAGCCCGUAAAAAUGCAGAAGAGAAACAACGCCUUCUCCGUCACCAGCACUUUCUGGAAGAGCCAGAAAGAGAAAGCUUAUGUGAAGGAGGAGGAGGAGACCAUGAUGGCAAAGCAAGCAAAAUCUUGGGAUGUCACCACUACCAACUGCUCAGCCAACCAGAACUUCAGCAAGGUGGACUGGUUCAAAGGCCUGGAGCCCAACUUCCAGCAGUUCCUCCUCUAUCGGCACUGCCGCUACUUCCCCAUGCUGAUCAACCACCCAGAGAAAUGCAGCAGGGACAUCUACCUGCUCAUUGUGGUCAAGUCUAUCAUCACACAGCAUGACCGCCGCGAGGCCAUCCGGAGGACCUGGGGCCAGGACAAGGAUGUGGAUGGCAAGAGGAUUAGGACGCUGUUCUUGCUGGGCACAUCCUCCAAGGAGGAGGAGAGAGCUAACUACCAGAAACUGCUGGAUUAUGAAAAUCACAUCUAUGGGGACAUCUUGCAGUGGGAUUUCCUGGACACCUUCUUCAACCUCACGCUCAAAGAAGUCCAUUUUCUGAAGUGGCUGACCAUCUACUGCGACAAUGUCCGCUUCAUCUUCAAAGGUGACGAUGAUGUGUUUGUGAGUCCCAACAACAUCCUGGAGUUCCUGAAGGACAAGAAGGAUGGAGAGGACCUUUUUGUGGGGGAUGUCCUCUACAAGGCCAGGCCGAUCCGGAAGAAGGAGAACAAGUACUACAUGCCCAGCACCCUCUACAACAAAAGCAGCUACCCACCCUAUGCAGGCGGUGGGGGCUUCAUCAUGAAUGGAGCCUUGGCCAAGAGGCUGCACAAGACCUCAGAGACGUUGGAGCUGUACCCCAUCGACGAUGUCUUCCUAGGAAUGUGCUUGGAGGUCCUUAAAGUAUCACCUGUUGGACACGAGGGCUUUAAAACUUUUGGCAUUGUGAAGAACAAGAACAGCAAGAUGAACAAGGAGCCAUGUAUUUUCCGGAGUAUGUUGGUGGUUCAUAAACUACUGCCUCCAGAGUUGCUCCAAAUGUGGGACUUGGUCCAUAGUAACUUGACAUGCUCAAGAAAAUUCAACGUCCUUUAGCUCAGUCUCUCUGGAGAGCUGGGACUGGAGGGGCUGGGACAGCUGAUCCCUGCUCCAGGAUGGGGUGAGCCUCUGCUGCUGGCACCUUUGGGGGCACCUCCCUCUGGGGCAAGGAGGGCAGAGACACUGCGCUCGCAGACAGGGUUUGCGAUAGUGUUUGCUCCUGUACUGUAAUGUGAUUCACUAUCUCCAGCUGGGUUGGGGGUUGCUGAAAAAGAGAAAAAAAUACCCAAACCAAACCACAACAAAUCUAGCACAAAAUGAAAAGAGAGAGAGGGAGAGAGAGAGGGCAGAGGGGCUUGUGCUCUGCUUUAGGUAGCACCUCCGCCAGAGCAUGAUGAACAGCGGGUUGGGGGGGAGGCAGAGACGGAUGUAGCACAGGCAUUUCUUUGAGAUGGUCAGGGUCAGGCUAUCCAAGGAAGCUGCUCUGAGGGACUUGAAUGGUUUACAAGUAGGUGAGCACCCCCAGAACUCAAAAGUGAAGGAGAUUUUAUUUGUUAUCAAAUUUCUCCUCCAUGCAAGGCUUUAGUGACAUUGACCCUGUGUGCUUUGGAUUCACCCCACCAAGGUCCUCUUUGUGUCCCCACUAUGCAUCUGGGGAAGGGGGCUUUCCUCUGAGGCCAGACCUCACCAGCCCCAAGCCCCCAUUACGGUUUCAGCCAGGUGGCCAGGUUAUUGAGCGCUUUGUCCCUGAUAGAGGGUCCCAGACAAUGGUGGCUCCCAGCACCAGCCCAGUAUGUGCUUGUCUCCCCAGCCCCUCUGCUGGCCUCGCUGUGCGUGCACUGGGAGGAAUGCACCCAGCCAAAAUUCCUCAGGGAUUUGUUCCUCCUGGCAGGAAAGGGAAGGGAUGAGGCGGGCUGCUCUUGCCCACGGCCAAGGAAGUGGCAGAGAAACCCGGUCAGCCCUGAGUGGAGCAGGCUUAUCACACCUGGGACCCCGGCUUGAGUACAGGAGUCCCUGGGGCUUGCUGCAAGGAGAUCUCCUUGCAGCAGAGGUGCCCUGGUGGGGUUGCCUUGGAGGGGGAUAACAGCCCCCAAAGACCCCAUGUGUGCCCACUUCAGGCUCAGCCCUGGUUUUGCAAUGGCACAGGGCAGGUUGGAGAGCAUCAGUCCUGCCCCGGCACACAGAACAGGGUCCAAGGGAACAAGGUGAAGGAGGGCUGGUGUUCCACACCAUGUCUGCUCCUCUCAGGGUUACUGCAGUUUUUAUUCUGUAGGUUGAGGGCAAGGAACACAACAGGGAGUGGUAUCACAAGACAUGGCGCAUUUUCUUUGGGCUGAAAGGUCCACUGGAGCUGUUGAGGGGAGCCCCAAGCCAGCUGGUGUGAUGGAAAACCCCAACAGAGAGAGACACAUGGCCAUGCACAAGGCCACAGAUGUUCUCCAGCCACCGACUGCAGGAGUGAGCAAAGCCACACACGUGCAUGGGCACCAGCAUGCCAGCUCCCAGGUGACAGGCGCUGCACAUGCAGGUGUCUCCGUGCACAGGGCUUGCAUGCCCAGAUGUCCUUGCGCACGGGUGGACAUGCACAGCCACAUCCAUGGCCCUGCCCACACACAGCAGGACAUGGGCACAUGCGCGCGCUCUCUCUCCUCCCCUCUCUUUGGUGCCAGACAUUGAAAGGAAAAAGUUUCGACUACCUCAAAGGUCCCCCUGUGCAGUGCCUUUUUUUUUUUCCUUUCCGUUUCUUAAUGUGUUUUGGAAACGGGCCUGUUUCAUUUAGUCCAAGUCUGUGUGUUCCCCAGGUUAGAAAACAAAUAAAAGAAGGGCAUAAACCAGCCAAAAAAGGUACCCUCCUGCCAAGCCCCACCACUCCUUGGCAAAAGCCCCUCGACUGCUCAGAUGAGCUGAAAAUUUUAGGAGGAGGAAGAGAAAGAACCUGUUGCAGCCCUGGGCUCGGCCGUUGGUGCCAGGCUGGCAGUGAUACUGUGAAAUAUUUAUGUACCUGGCGGCACCAUGUCCCGAGGCAAGUGCUGGCAGUGCAGGGUAGAGCCCCAAGGGCAUUUUUGCUGCGUGCUGGGCUUAGGCAGCACAUGACACUUCUUCACUUUCCUGUCCCCUCCCUCCUUCCAAUGAGAGCAAGUUCAGAAAUACUUUCCAAAAUGACACCUCCGUGAUUUAUGACAGGUACAGUACAUUAGGCUGUAUAUUUAUCCCAUGUGCAGGGGACAGCUCUCACUCUCCAUCGCAAUGCGUACAGCAAGCCAGGGCUGCGUGCAGAAAUCUCUCAGUGUUGCUCUUCACCUGGUGGGACCUGUACAGAGAAACCUGGUAGAUUUGGUGAAUAUUCUAGUUUCUAAAUAAAGGUUAAAAGAAGGAGAAGAA